AUGUCUACACCAGGUGCUGGACUUGCGCCAAACGCAGGUUCAGCUGGUACAGGACCAUUGUUUAUGUCCUUUUGCGCGUUUUGGCGGUUUUGCAAAGAUGCUCUUUGUACCUUCUUCGUCCUUUUUCUUCGAGGUACAUUGACAGCGGAUAUCGUGUCGUCCUUGCAUCGUGGUCUUGAUUAUGGAGGGAGAGGUUCUGGUUUUGGUGCUGGUGGACGUUUUGGUUUUGAUGCUGGUGGUUCUUGUUCUUAUGAUGAGGGUUUUGGUUUAGGUUCAGUAGGCGUUGGGGUAUCACAAAAUAUUGGUGGUGUUGGUGGUGGUAGUAGAAUAGGUGGUGGUGGUGGUGCAAAUGUUGUGGGUGGUGCUGGUGGAAGUGUUGUACGUAAUAGUGGUGGUGGUGGUGGUGGUGGUGUAGAAGUGUAG